UGAUGAUUUCCUUUCUUUUAUCCUCCCAGGUUUCUGGGAUACAUAUAUGGAAAUAAAAGAAGGAACUCUAACCUGAUCAUGGAUUUCGAAGAAAGACUCCUCAACACACAAAGGAAAAGAUAAUAACUAGUGCAGAGCCCUCAGGAAUGAUGUCCUUUUGCCACAAUAUAAUUAAUAUCUCCUGUGUGAAAAGCAGCUGGUCAAAUGACGUCCGUGCUUCCCUGUACAGUUUAAUGGUGCUCAUAAUUCUAACCACAGUGGUUGGCAAUCUAAUAGUUAUUAUUUCUAUAUCACACUUCAAGCAACUUCAUACCCCAACUAAUUGGCUCAUUCAUUCCAUGGCCACUGUGGACUUUCUGCUGGGGUGUCUGGUCAUGCCUUAUAGUAUGGUGAGAUCUGUUGAGCACUGCUGGUAUUUUGGAGAAGUCUUCUGUAAAAUUCACACCAGCACUGAUAUUAUGCUGAGCUCAGCAUCAAUUUUUCAUUUGUCCUUCAUUUCCAUUGACCGCUACUAUGCUGUGUGUGACCCAUUGAGAUACAAAACUAAGAUCAACAUCUUGGUUAUUUUUGUGAUGAUCUUCAUUAGUUGGAGUAUUCCUGCUCUUUUUGCAUUUGGAAUGAUCUUUCUGGAGCUAAACUUCAAAGGAGCUGAAGAGAUGUAUUACAAACACAUUCACUGCACAGGGAGUUGCUCUGUCUUCUUCAGCAAAACAUCUGGGGUUCUGGCCUUUCUGACUUCUUUCUAUAUACCUGGCUCUAUUAUGAUAUGCAUCUAUUGUAGAAUAUAUUUCAUAGCGAAAGGGCAGGCAAGAUCCAUUCAUGAUGCAAAUCAGAAAUUUCGAAUUGGGUUGGAAGAGAAAAAUGGAAUUUCACGAAGCAAAGAAAGGAAAGCUACGAAGACUUUAGGGACUGUGAUGGGAGUUUUCUUCACAUGCUGGUGUCCUUUCUUUGUCUGCACAGUCAUGGAUCCUUUCCUGGACUAUACUAUUCCACCCAUCCUGAACGAUGCAUUGAUUUGGUUUGGCUACUUGAAUUCCACUUUAAAUCCAAUGGUUUAUGCAUUUUUCUAUCCCUGGUUCAGAAGAGCACUGAAGAUGAUUCUAUUUGGUAAAAUUUUCCAAAAAGAUUCAUCUAGAUGUAAAUUAUUUUUAGAAUUAAAUCCAUAGAAUUAUUAGACUUUACUGUUUGGCCAACAGUUGGUGAUCAUAUUUAUGAACACAACAUAAUAGCAACCACAUGCACCAGCUACAGGGGCUUUUAUCAAGUAUUAGGGUCAAAGAUUGUGUAGUUAGAUAUGAUGCUUAUAUCUUGCUUCCUAUUUGCCAUUCUUAUUAUACAUAUUGAAGCUUUACAAGCCCAGAAUUUAGGGACUUGUAUUUUAAAGAACUUCUCCUGCCCUUACAUGAACUGCCAUGAAAUUGACAGUGGUACCUUACUCAGUUGUUCAGUGGUGGAAACUAAGAGGCUACAUUUGGGGAUGCAAAUUAGAAGAGAUUUGUCAUUCCUUUGCUUGAAUAUAUAUACCUUUUUGUAAAAUCAACUGAAAGUAUACAUUAAAUGUUACUAUUAAGUAAUUGUUUACACAUAAUUUGCUAUUUAUCAUUAAUUCUUAUUUAUAUAUUCUAAUUCUUAAAUCUCAAUUUUUAUAUUUUAAAAAUAUGUUUUUUUCUGAUUUUCAUACUUGUAGGAAAUUUAGAAAAUAAAGUAAAAAAUAAAAAUAAUAUAUCACAUAGAAACAAAAUGAAAUUAAAAUAUCACUCAGAGCUUACUUCCUGAAAGAACCAUAUCAUUCAAAAUCCUUAAAAACUUGGGGAUUCCCUGGUGGCGCAGUGGUUGAGAGUCCGCCUGCCGAUGCAGGGGACAGGGUUUGUGCCCCGGUCCGGGAAGAUCCCACAUGCCGCAGAGCGGCUGGGUCCGUGAGCCAUGGCCGCUGGGCCUGCGCGUCCGGAGCCUGUGCUCCGCAACGGGAGAGGCCACAACAGUGAGAGGCCCGCGUACCGCUUCUUAAAAACUUAAUUUUUGGUGACUGUAUAAGGCUACAUUGCAUGGAUGCACAAAACUUUUUUUUAACCGUUUUCCCAUUGUUGACCACUUAGUUCAUUUUGAUUCCUUUUUUUCAAACAAUAGAAAUUAAUUCCUGUUACCUGUUACUGAAGCUCAUGAAAAUGUCUGGAAGAUUUCACCAUAUUUCAAGGUCGUGGCUGGUGUGGUAGGACUCAAAACACAAGCCAUAUGAAAUAAAACAAAUUCACUUGUUGGGCUCCAGGCUACACUGAAAGAGAAGCAGCUAUCCAUCAAAGCAGCUAAACCUGAAGGAUAAGAAGAGGUAUAAUCGGACACAGAGUAUGCCAUGUCUAUUAAGGUGUCAUAUACAAAAGAAAAAAGGAAAAAUAGUGGUUUCAAGUAAGAUCUUAUAGAAGUGGGCCAACAUUCUUAAUCAUAAGUACCCAUUUGCAGUUGAGCUGUUUCUCAUCCAGACUUCAUGUCGUUUUUAUUACGUUGGGUAGCACCAGGGAUUUGAAUUUAUCUAUUUAAUAACUGUGACUUAUGCUCAUGGGUAAGUUAGGGUAAGGCAGCUAAUUUUAAAUGAAACUAAAAUGCAUGUUCCUGUAUAUACAUUUCUGUUCACAAACCCUUCCGCCUUUUAGAGUCUGUUUCAGGACUGUAUAUUUAGUUCCAUUGAACUGACUAGAUUUUUGUUCUAGUAGAUUUUAAAAACAUUUUUAAAACCUUUUCAUUUAGUACAUGGUAAGACAAGUUGCCCCUAAUCACUCCUAGUUUCAAAAACUACCUUGGCUUUUUCUACUUGUGAAACCAUUUUGUUAAAUUUUUAAAAAGAACAAAAGCAUUUAGACAGUUUUCUGUACCUUAGAGCAAGUUUCUGUGGUUUUCUUCAUUUGCUCCCACACAUUCUUAGAUGUUUUGUACUUUUGUGUGUGUGUAUAUGUGUGU